AAGCGCCCGACGGGCCGCGCGCGCGCGCCCCGCCGGGCUUCCCGCGGGGAGGCCGCGCGCGCCGUGGCGGGCCCGCCUCUGGCGAUGGAGGCCGCGGUGCCCGCGCGACCGGGCCCCGCCCUGGGCGAGAUCACGCUGCAGGACCUGCCGCCCUUGCCGAAGCCGGACGCUGGCAAAAUGCGGUCGGAGGUCCGGACGGGCUGCGCGGUCGUCUCGGGGGUCAUCUUUCUCUGCGUGGGAGCGGCCCACCUGGCCGACUUCGCAUUCUCCGAGGAUAUCCCUCGUCCUGCGUCCUGGACCAUUAUGGUUUUGGUCUACGUCGAAGCUGUGCUCGCAGUGGGCUUGUUGUGUGGAGUUGUCUUCGGCGACCCUGGGGUGGUCAAGCGCUCGGCCGAGGCGUGCUUUCCGCUGCCAACCGAGGUGGCCGAGCGGCUGAGAGGCGGCCAGUCCACGGAUGGGCUCGCGAACAUCAGGGACGGCGACAGGAGUUUCUGCGUGCGGUGCCUCGUGUGGCGGAGCCCCGACGUGGUCCCCGCGUUGGGCGCCCCGGUGCGGGCCAGAGGACGUCGGCCACAUCACUGCAAGACGUGCGAGCGCUGCGUGCUGCAUUUCGACCACCACUGCGCCGUCCUGGGCCGCUGUAUUGCUGGACGAGGUUAUUUCAACGGCAACAUGUGUUACUUCGGAGGUCUUAUUGCAAUGGGUGGGCUGGGUGCUCUCACCGCUGUAUCCGCGGUGCUGGCAGGGCUACUUCACUGGUGUGACAGCGUCGAGUGUUACAGUCUCAGCGCUGUCGGAGCGUGCCUGUGUAUGUGCUGCUGUCCACGGUGCAAGCUACCGUUGAGGCGAGGAGGCCGGCUGUAG